GGUGGCCGGUAGGCGUAUCGCCUCGCGGGUGGCCGGCGGCAUGCGGCUCGCUCGGUACGAGCCGGUGGGCCUACUACCUUGUGGGUGGUCGUGGGUGGCCGGUAGGCCUACCGGCUUUCGGGUGGACGAGCGGCCACCGGCUCGCGAGCACGAGCCGGUAGGCCUACCGGCUAGCGGGUGGCCGACGGGCACGGUGCUAGUAGGCCUAUCGCCCUACGAGUGGCAAGCGGCCACCGGCUCGUGGGCACGAGCCGAUAGGCCUACCGGCCCGCCGGCUCGGACCAAUAAGCCUAUCGGCUCGCGAGCACGAGCCAAUAGGCCCGUAAUGUUAGGAUCCUCGGAUGCUGAAGUUGCGAGUUCAACUCAUCCAAAACCGAGUCCAACAACGGAUACAAUUGCUAUUGGCUCUUCAUCAAACACACAAGUGAGCACAAAGAUGAAGAGAAAAGCAAUGAGGCCAAG